AUGAGCAAAUCCGAAUUCCAUCGCGCCGAUGAGCGCCGCUUCCUCGACGAGCGUGGCUCCUCGGGCCCGCUCGCGCCCAACGGCCUCAACCCCGCGACUAUAAUGGAAAAGGCGGUCCGCGAACGCAUCAUCGACAGCUACUUUUACAAGGAACAGUGUUUCGGUGUCAACGAAGCCGACAUUGUGGACCGCGUCGUCGAGCACGUCGACUACAUCGGCGGCGUCGCUGGCACCGUCCAAAAACCCACGCCAUUCCUCUGUCUCGCCUUCAAGCUGCUGCAGCUCGCGCCCUCCGACGACAUCCUAAACGAGUAUCUACAAUUUGGCGGCGAAAAGUUCAAGUACCUGCGCGCACUGGCACUGUUUUAUAUCCGCUUGACGAGGAAGGACCAUGACGUGUACAAGACGCUGGAGCCGUUUCUGGAGGACAGGCGGAAGCUGAGGAGGAAGGGCAGAAACGGGACCAGUUUGACGUAUAUGGAUGUCUUUGUUGACGACCUGUUGACGAAAGAUCGCGUUUGCGCUACGAGUCUGUGGAAGAUGCGGAAGAGGGACAUCCUGGAAGAUCUAGACAUGCUUGAACCGCGCGUCAGUCCGUUGGGGAACAUUGAAGAUCUAUUGGAAGAGGAGGACGAGGAAAUGCGCAAGGCAGAGGAGGAGCAGAAUAAUAACGACAGCGAAAGCGAGGGAGAGAUCAGGUCAAGGACACGUUCGAGAUCCAGGUCGAGGUCAAGAACACGAUCAAGAUCGCGCACACCUAGGUCACGGUCCAGGUCGAGAUCUUAUUCCCGGUCCCGAUCACCAGUAAGGAGGAGAAGAUCAAGGACGAGAUCGAGGUCGAGAACACCGGAGGACGGAAAUGACAAGGAGAGAAUGGAUGUCGGACCAGAGUAA